CAGACGAGGUGUUUCCAACAGCUUCUCACCUGAAGAUGUCGCUCCACGACUCCAUAUGAACUCCAAACUCAGACUGAGGUGCGUGUCUGUCUCCUUCCCGGUCGUGCUGUCUCCGUGUCGCUGCAGUGCCGCGCGCCUCUCCUCUCUCCUCUCAGCCUUUCUUUCUUUCUUCGCUUUCGUACCACGACCUUCGCCUCUUCCUCAUCCUCAGGCUUCCUUCCCGCACCAUUCUCCUCCUACUUCUCUUUCUCCUCCUCCUCCUCCUCCCUGCGGAUGCCUCAGCCUCGCGCACUUCCGCCACAGCAUCCCGGCAAAUGCUCGUUCCAUCCACGGGAACUCUGGACGCAGGACGCGGCGAGAAGGUGCAGCGUUCCGCUCUGAUCUGAUCUCAACACACUGCGGGUUGACCUGAAAGAAAGGCGGACAGUAGGGGGACGGAAAGGAGCCUGCCCAGGAGCUCAUUUCGCAAUGCCGGUUCCUGACCAGCCAGCCGAGCAGGAGAAGGGGGCCAUGGUUCCUCCUGUCAUGCCAGGCUCCAAUGGUGAUAGAUCUGAAGCUGAGACAACUUCCUCCAUCCUCGCCUCUGUAAAAGAACAGGAGCUUCAAUUUGAACGCCUCACAAGAGAACUUGAAGCUGAGCGUCAGAUUGUUGCCACCCAGCUGGAGAGAUGCAAGCUGGGAUCAGAAGCAGGAAGCAUGAGCAGCAUCAGUUCAACAGAUGACCAAUUUCGCUGGAACUCUCAAGCAGAUGGACAGAAGGACAUUGAAGAUGAGCUGACCACAGGUUUGGAGCUGGUGGACUCCUGUAUUCGUUCCCUUCAGGAAUCAGGGAUACUCGACAGUGGAGAACGACCGGCUCUUCUUUCCCAGAGUUCCUUGCAGCUCAACUCCACCCCGGAGGCUUCGCUUCAGUACUCUGCCAGCUACCAUAGCAACCAGACCCUCGCCCUUAGCGACAGCAUCUCUGCAGCAACUCAUCAGCGCAGCGGGCAGGUUGGAGGAGCCGUGCGCAGCUACAAUCAGGUGACGUCCAAUCGUGCAGCCCAGCAGCAACCAUCACAAACUGGGGCAGGGUCAGGUAUCUAUUACUCCAGCUCCACCUUGCCCUCCCAGCGCGUCAGUUCGCCUCUAACUGGAAGAGGAGGCUCCGGAUCUAGUUCCCCCAGUAAACACCAACGUCUGGGAUCGGCCUCUGACGCUGCUGGUCACUCUACAACUCAGCGUCUGCCUUCCUCCUCUUCAUCCUCCCCCAGCAAACAGUCUUCUUUAAAUCGACUUGCUAAGUCAUACAGCACUACAGUUGCUGUGACAACAGCGGGAGGGUGUGGCUCACCCUUAAGGGUAGCAUCUCCACCUAACUCAUCAGCAUCAGGAGUGGGGGGCAGUUCAUCUUCAUCCCCACUCCAUCAGAUGAGUUCGGGAAUAGGGAGCUAUGCCACUCUGUCUCCCAAACGUCUGGCAGCUCACCACGCCUCUGACCAGUACAAGAUUUCCCACGAGCUCUACGCCACUGCUACACUGCAGAGACCCGGAAGUCUGGCAGGUUCACGUGGUUCCUAUAGUAGUCAGCAUAGUCAAGAGCCCCUUCGUCCCUUGGGGUCCCCAGAGCACCACAUAGAUCCCAUUUAUGAGGAACGGGUGUACCACAACAAGGGCACCAUGAGGAGUCUCAGUCAGAGCCAGGGACCAGACUCUGGGCCUUUUAGGAACAACACAGCACCCUCCUCCCCUGGUGUUGACUCCGCCCCUUUACAGCGCACAGGAAGUCACGGAACGGGGACAGGAAGCUACGGCCGCGGAGGGACCAACAACUAUGCCACUGUGGGGCCAGGCUACACUUCCAGCGGAAGUGGCGGAAGUGGAGAUGUAUAUGGCUCGGACCCUUAUGUGGCAGACCCCUACCGCACCCUGCAGUAUUGCCCGUCAGUGGUGGAGUCUCCAUAUAGCAAGUCUGGUCCAGCCCUGCCGCCUGAAGGCAGCCUUCAGCGUUCACCCUCCAUUGACUCAAUUCAAAAAGACCCCAGGUAGGAAGGAAAGUGUGAA